AUGAGUUUCGGCAUCUUCACUCCUGACACUCGCACCUCGGUCAUGUUCUCGCAAGCCAUUCAUCCGCUUCGGAACCGUCUGGGCCAAAUGGCAUCGCAUUUCUCAACGGCUGGGGGGACCUCCCUGGCGGAACUACCAAAAUCGAAUGUCUUUACGUCCAAGUUGCCCCCGGACCCGGCUUUCGAAACCCCCGAUGUUUCGCACAAAGCUCCCCGGGAGACUCUCGGACCUCGUAUGGUCCGUGGCGCUUUAUAUACUUAUGUGCGCCCUGAGCAAACGGACGAGCCCGAAUUGCUGGGCGUCAGUUCCAAAGCAAUGCAAGAUCUGGGACUGAAACCCGGCGAGGAGCAGACGUCGCAGUUCAAGGCGCUGGUCGCCGGAAAUGAGAUUGGAUGGAGCGAAGAAAAGGGAGGAAUUUAUCCAUGGGCUCAGUGCUAUGGAGGUUGGCAAUUUGGAUCAUGGGCCGGACAGCUCGGAGACGGGCGUGCAAUCAGCUUGUUCGAAACCACAAACCUACAAACCUGUACUCGAUAUGAGUUACAACUGAAAGGUGCCGGCAGAACACCUUACUCGCGCUUUGCCGAUGGGAAGGCUGUUCUUCGAUCUAGCAUUCGUGAAUAUAUCGUUUCCGAAGCUCUCAAUGCCCUUGGUGUGCCGACUACCCGUGCGCUCUCACUUACUUUGCUACCAAACACCAAGGUGCUAAGAGAACGGAUUGAACCGGGGGCUAUUGUGGCUCGGUUUGCUGAAUCUUGGUUGAGAAUUGGGACCUUCGAUCUUCUUCGUGUCCGAGGAGAUCGGGAGCUGAUCAGGAAACUUGCUACAUAUGCCGCGGAAGAUGUGUUUGGUGGGUGGGAAACUCUCCCCGCCAUUGUAUCUGUACGUGAAGAGCAGUCCUCAGCAGAGAUGGAUCACCCUCAGAGGGACAUUCCAGGGGAUGAUGUGCAAGAACAUCAAGGGGUUGAGGAGAAUCGAUUUGCGAGGCUGUACCGAGAGGUUGCCCGGCGCAAUGCGAAGACCGUCGCUGCAUGGCAGGCGUAUGGGUUCAUGAAUGGUGUGUUGAAUACCGACAACACCUCUAUUUUCGGCCUAUCACUUGACUACGGCCCAUUCGCUUUUAUGGACAAUUUUGAUCCCCAGUAUACACCGAACCACGACGACCAGCUGCUGCGAUAUUGCUACCGCAAUCAGCCCAGCAUUAUUUGGUGGAAUCUGGUGCGGCUCGGUGAGUCCCUGGGUGAGCUGAUUGGGGCUGGAAAUCGGGUCGAUGACGAAGGCUUCGUGAAGGAUGGAGUCAGUGAGGAAUGUGAGACGGAAUUCAUCAAGCGUGCAGAGAACAUCAUCGAGCGGACGGGUGAGGAGUUCAGAGCUGUAUUCUUGAAUGAGUACAAGCGCUUGAUGGGCCAGAGACUUGGGCUGAAGACUGAAAAGGAGUCUGACUUCCAGAGCUUGUUCUCGGAGAUGCUAGAUACACUCGAGGCGCUCGAGUUGGACUUCAACCAUUUCUUCCGCCGGCUCUCGGGCCUUUCACUGUCUGAACUGGACACGGACCAGAAGCGCAUUGAAGCAGCAUCGAUUUUCUUCCACGCUGAAGGAUUUGGUGGCAUUGGCUACACUGAAGCUUCGGCUCGAGACCGGAUUGCCAAAUGGCUGGAUAGCUGGCGAACUCGCGUGCUGGAAGACUGGGGGUCGAGCAGCGACAAAGAAAGACAAGCGGCCAUGAAAGCAGUCAACCCUAACUUUGUGCCACGAGGCUGGAUCCUCGACGAGGUCAUCGAGCGCGUUGAGCGUAAAGGAGACCGAGAGAUCCUGGGGCGGGUCAUGCACAUGUCCUUGAACCCAUUCAACGAGGAAUGGGGGCUCCACAAGGAGGAAGAGGAGCGAUUUUGCGGGGACGUGCCCAAAUACAAGCGAGCUUUGCUGUGUAGUUGUAGCUCAUAA